GUGGGGUGGGGGGGGUGGGAGGGCUGUGGGCCAGGAUCGGGGUGGCCCCGGGGAGCCAGGCCGACCCGUCCACGAUGUGGCUCAAGCCGGAGGAGGUGCUGCUCAAGAAUGCGCUCAAGCUGUGGCUCCUCGAACGGGCCAACGACUACUUCGUGCUACAACGGCGCCGGGGCUACGGGGAGGAAGGCGGCGGCGGCGGCGGGGGGCUCACAGGCCUUCUGGUUGGGACACUUGAUUCAGUCUUAGACUCAACAGCUAAAGUGGCUCCAUUUCGCAUCCUCCAUCAGACACCAGGUUCUCAGGUUUAUUGGUCCAUCGCAUGUGGAGCCAGCAGAGAAGAAAUAUACAAGCACUGGGAAUGGUUGGAACAAAAUAUCAUGAAGACCUUAUCUGUGUUUGACUCAAAUGAAGACAUUACUAGUUUUGUGCAUGGAAAGAUAAGAGGGCUGAUUGCUGAAGAGGGAAAAGAUUCUCUUGUAAAAGGUGAUGAUCUUGGGAAAUUUCGAGAAGCUCUCAUGAAAUUUGAAAAAUGCUUUGGUUUAGCCAAACAAGAGAAGCUGGUGACAUAUUAUUCGUGCAGUUAUUGGAGAGGACGUGUUCCUUGCCAGGGCUGGCUCUAUCUUAGCUCCAACUUUCUGAGUUUCUAUUCGUUUUUGUUGGGAUCAGAAAUCAAGCUUGUUAUCUCCUGGGAUGCCGUCUCCAAACUUGAAAAGACAUCUACUGUCCUCCUCACCGAGACUAUCCAUGUGUGCUCCCAGGGGGAAGAUUACUACUUUUCUAUGUUUUUGCACAUUAAUGAAACAUUCUUUCUCAUGGAGCAGCUGGCCAAUUAUGCAGUAAGAAGACUUUUUGACAAGGAGACAUUUGAAAAUGACCUCAGCGACCCUCUGAAAAUCACUAAAAGAACAAUAGAGAACCUGGCACGCAGUGAGCAGUUCAGUUCCUUUUUCAGGCUCCCCAAAGAAGAGAACUUAAAAGAAGUACAUGAAUGUUUCUUACGGGUACCGUCUGGCCACUUGAGCACUCAUGGGAGAAUGUGUAUUUUCAACAACUACAUCUGCUUUGCUAGUCAGGAUAUCAGUCUCUGCAGUGUAGUCCUUCCACUAAGAGAGGUCCUUGCUGUAGACAAGGUGGAUGAUAGUAGCCAAUCAGUGGUCUUUAGCAUCAAAGGAAAGAAAGCCUUUCGAUUCACUGAGGUCAGAGACUUUGAGCAGCUUGUGGCAAGACUGAAACAUAUAUGUGGGGCAGCUUCCAUUCCACAGCAGGAUUUUAACACAGAGCCCGUGCCCAGUCCUGACCCUGGGAGCUCGGGACAGGCUUCCAAGGGACCCCCUCUGAUGGAACAGAAAGGCUGCAGCAAGAUGGUGAACACCCAGGCACUAAUGACAGAAUUUCACCCUCAGGAUUUGGAAAAUAUUGACUCCAAAAUGCUGAAAGAAAAGAUGAAGGAACAAUCGUGGAACAUACUUUUCGUGGAAUGUGGCCGUGGCGUUAGCAUGUUUCGGACAAAAAAGACUCGAGACUUGGUUGUAAGGGGUAUUCCUGAGACCUUAAGAGGAGAACUGUGGUUGCUUUUUUCAGGUGCUGUUAAUGAUAUGGCUACCAAUCCUGGCUAUUAUGCUGACUUGGUCGAGAGGUCCUUGGGGACUUAUACUGUAGCAACUGACGAAAUUGAACGGGACUUGCGUCGCUCCCUACCUGAGCACCCAGCCUUUCAGAGCGAUACUGGCAUAUCUGCAUUGAGGCGGGUACUCACUGCAUACGCACACCGGAAUCCAAGAAUAGGCUAUUGCCAGGCAAUGAACAUUUUGACAUCAGUAUUGCUUCUCUAUGCAAAGGAAGAAGCAGCUUUUUGGCUUCUGGUUGCCGUGUGUGAACGGAUGCUUCCUGAUUAUUUUAAUCACCGGAUUAUCGGUGCCUUGGUGGAUCAGGCAGUCUUUGAGGAACUGAUCAGAGACCACCUUCCUCAGCUGAUGGGCCACAUGACCGACAUGACCUUCUUUUCCUCAGUCUCCCUCUCCUGGUUCCUCACUCUCUUUAUCAGUGUGCUUCCUAUUGAAAGUGCAGUAAAUGUUGUGGACUGUUUCUUCUACGAUGGCAUAAAGGCCAUAUUGCAGCUGGGAUUGGCAGUGCUUGACUAUAAUAUGGAACAGCUAUUGGCAUGUAAAGAUGACGCUGAAGCAGUCACAGUGUUAAACAGGUUCUUUGACAAUGUCACUAACAAGGACAGCCCAUUGCCUUCAACUGUUCAACAGGGCUCAAGUGCAAGUGAUGCCAAAAGUCAUUGUACUAAGGUGGAUAUUACAGAUUUGAUCAGAGAAGCAAAUGAGAAAUAUGGGGACAUUCGCUAUGAGGAUGUGUAUAGCAUGCGCCAGAGAAGCCGGUUGUGCGUAAUCCAGGUGCUUGAAGAAACCACAAAGCAGAAUGUGCUCCGGGUUGUAUCGCAGGAUGUGAAAAUGGGCCUUCGGGAAUUAGAAGAGCUUUAUGACAUCUUUAAGAGGGAGCACUUUUUGGCUUGUUAUUGGAAUCCGAGCAGCACUGCCCUGAGGCAUCACGACCCCAGCUUGCCGUACCUGGAGCAGUAUCAAAUUGACUGCCAGCAGUUCCGAAUACUGUAUCAUCUGUUGAGCCCCUGGGCAUACUCUGCAAACCGGGACUGCUUAGCACUAUGGACAUUCAGACUGCUGGAUGAAAACUCCGACUGCCUUAUCAACUUCAAAGAAUUCUCCUGUGCACUUGAUAUCCUGUAUAAUGGAAGUUUUACCGAGAAGCUUAAGCUGCUUUUUAAGCUGCAUAUUCCACCAGCUUUUACCGAAGUGGAGUCUUUGAGCCCUUCCAAAGGAGACGAGCUUUCUGAGGAUGAACUCCUCCGCUUCAGCCAGUUCCACGUUUCCUUAUCUGCACACGGACAGGAAGUAGGAUCAGCAAAAGACAGCCCUGAGAAAGGCAGGGGAAAACUCGAUGUUCAGGCGUAUCUAAAGCAAUGGCAAGAUGAGCUUCUUAAAAAAGAAGAAAACAUUAAGGAUUUACCCAGAAUGAAUCAGGUCCAGUUUAUUCAGCUCUCGAAGACCUUCUAUAACUUGUUCCAUGGUCAUCCUGAAGAGGAAGAGUUAUACCAGGCCAUUGCAGUUGUAACCAACCUCCUGCUAAGGAUGGAAGAAGUGGGGAGAAGACUGCACAACCCAACGUCACCAGCCAAAAAGAAGGCCAGUGACACUGACACUGCUGUCGCUGCCGGCACCACCGCUGAGACAGCCAAGGAGCCCACCCCACUUAAAGAGGAACACCAGUGGUCUUUUUCAUUUGAGCAGAUCCUUGCAUCAUUGUUAAAUGAGCCUGUGAUAGUGAGGUUUUUUGAAAAACCAGUAGAUGUCCAAGCCAAGUUAGCAGAUGCAAAAACCUCCCAGUUGAGUUCUAGAACCCGGAUGUAAUUUACCAGUGUGGAAUCCAUUUUUACCAAGGAUUGCCUAAAGUUUACCAGGGUCCAUCUAGCUCGUUCCCCACGAUCCCUGGGAGCAAGCCUCAGGGAUUUCGCUUUAUGUGGCACAGGUCUAUUUGAAGGAAACCAAGGUGCCCCAAAGCACAAUUUCAUUCUUCCUUAUACUAGUCUUCACUUUCAGUGACAGCACUUUUUCUAUAACCUCUUAGUCCAUAUGCACUAUCGUAAGAAAUCCAGUUCAUGUCACCCCUAGAGGGCGCCACCAAACCACUCAGUAAAAAAAAAUGACUUCCUAGUAGAUGCCUAUGACAUAGUGUUGGUUGUAUUUGGAUCCUAGUGAUGCUGCUUUGUCAGAUUGACAGACCUUUGUUCUGAAUUCUGGAUGUGCGCGUGCCUCAGUCUUGUGUCCAAGUGCUUUAGAGAACAGAGCCCUUUGAGCCUUAAUUGUCCAAGGAGCGUUGCCAUUCCUUCCGAGCCUUUGUCUCCAAGUCUUAGCUGAGUGACUAGAGUUCUUCUUUUUUUUUAGCUUAUCCAAUAUUAUCUUCUGAUGAUUGGCUCCAGAGGGACUUCCUACAUUGGUCCAGUACCAAAGCCGUCUCUCUUCCUUCCUGCAUCCUUAUGGCAGUAUGGUGUAAUGGACAGAGUUGGCCCAGGAGAGUCUUGCCUCUGACACAUACUGGCUGUGUGACCCAAGGCAAAUCACUUAGCCUCUCCACAUUCUAGGGCAGCUCUAAGAUGCAGAGGAGAUGUUGGCCUCAUUGGUAGAGGUGUUCUUCUUGCUUGGCAACUUCCCAUACCAAUGAAAUGACAGGUCCAGCCCCUGUCCCAUGUUUCCAGCCUUGAAGUCCAGCAUUAAUUUCCCAGUAGCCAUACAGAAUCGAGAGGAGGAAGAGACAGACUGGUAUCUUUGAUCUAAAUGAUGAAGAGAUUGUCUCAGGAAGCAUCUGGGAGCCCCUUCCAGGACUUUGAACUUUGCUGAUUAGAAAGGGGAGCUGGUCAGAGUUUGAUUCACCUGCUUUGGGGGCCGUGAGGGACCGAGUUAUUGACAGACAUCUGAGAGCACAGGCAGCGUCCCACUUUUGUUCCCAAGACCAAGAGCAAUCAGAUUAGCUGUGUGACUGGGGACAAAUCUCUUAUCCUCCCUAGACCUUUGUUUCUUCGUCCAUACAAUAAUGGAAUUGGACGAAAUGAUCUCAGAGGACCCAUUUAGCUCUGAGAUUCUAGGAUUCUGGCUCUGCUGCUGAGGGAGAAGAACUUUCUUUUUUAAUCUUGUGUUUCUGCCUUUUGCCCUUGCAUUCCCUCCAUUUCCCAGCGAAUCCUCUCUCCCCAGCAGAGAGCCAUCCCUUCCAUCAAAGAAGAAAAAGGAGUAGGAGAAACCCAAGUCCCGCAAAAUGAAUCCCCAUAAACUAGCUAGUUUGUAUGCAAAAUGACCAGCGUCCACUUCAAACAUGGCACCCUUAGCAGAUGAACUUCGAUGGUCUCACAUUAUCCCGUUUCUAGUUGUGAAAGUGAAAGCCCUUUGAAAUUGGAAAGAUCAAAGCCGUGCUAAGCCGUGCUCAUCCUGUUUUCCCUGCCUUCAUUGGCCCUGACGAGGCUUAUUCUUCUUCCAUAAUCAGUCAUUAGAAUGAUCUAUCCUUGAAGAGCUUCAGUCUAGGCCAGUUCAUAUAUUCAAAGGGCAAAAAAAAGUACUAAUCCUAGCUGAUGCUUUACGGUUUGCCAAAUGCUUUCUCAGUUGGGCCUCAAAAAAGCCCUGAGAAGUUGGUCCUGCAGAUAUCAUCCCCAUUUUUCAAAUGAGACUAAGACUUCGAGAUACCCCCAUGGUUGUAUGGACACUCAGAUCCAGGGCUUCCCGACACCCAUACUAAUCUGUCCUGUCCACUACACUAGAUAGCACCAUGUGUGGCUCUCCAGUAAGGGUACCAGUGUGGGUCAAGCCAACACUCAGUGCACGGGGCCCUGAAUCCAGAAUGCUUUGGAAUGGCAUCUCCUUUUCAGGAAGCUUCGAUUUCCAACUAAGUCGCGUUCAUAUCUAUUUCUUCUCAAUAGGCCAGAAUAAGUAGCUGGCCUCCUAAAACCCCCCUUAGUGUGAUUUGGAAGAACCCUUUCUGGGACAACACCUUUAAAAUGUGCUCGAGCCUGUCUUACCAAAGAAGUCGCAGCUUAGAAACAAAACAACAAGGAUACAAUCAGCUUUGCUUCCUUCAGAAGUAAGGUUUGUUACAACAUUCCCAGCUUUUAGAAUCUAGUUAAUGAUGUCCCUGAAAAAAUCCUGACCCAGCAUUGCACAAUGAUUAUCAAACUGAAGUGACAUUCCGGGCCCUAUUGUAUACUUUUUCAAUGAAUUGUCUUUGCAAACACACACACACACACACACACACACACACACGAAAGCAUCUAUUCAUCUUUGUUAUAAUGAUGUCUUGUGGAAGAUUACUGUGUAUUCUCUUUUAGCCUAAAUUCUGUGGGAUUGAAUAAGUGAAGAGAUUAUAAAUGCAAGUUUAAAGGACAGGUGGUUUAUUUUUGGAAUUUGUAUGAAAAAUACGUUGAACAAAAUACAGUAGGGGAAGCUUGUAGCAUCAAAACCAAACGUAUGUGGGAAAUCUUAUUAAAUAUAUUCUUUAAAAUGCC